UAGCUUCCUGCUGCUGAACCACGUGACGAGCAGAACCGAAAAUGCCCUCUCUCGGAGUGUGAGUCGAGUCCAGGCGGGGAGCGGAGAGCUGAGCGCUGGGUGUGGGAGUGUGAGCCACCCGCCCGAUGGAUUAAUGGAUCAGACUAAAGAACAAGAGGAGGACUAUGGCUACAGCCUGUUCCCGGAGAGGAAGAAGAGCAAGUAUAAGAAGGGCUCGCUCGGAGAGAGCCUGUUCACCUACAAAAACAAGUGUCAGAUGAUGCUGCACUUCGCAGUGGAGACGAGUCCAUAUGCAAAACUUCUCCUUGGAGCCAUGAAGAAUUCUGGCUGUGCAGUCUACAAAGACAGGCAUUUCUCCUGUGAAGACUGUGAUGGUACAGUCAGUGGUGGUUUUGAUGCCACAACGUCACAGAUUGUGUUAUGCCAAAACAACAUUCACCAGCAGGCUCAUAUGAACAGAGUGGUCACACACGAGCUGAUUCAUGCCUUUGAUCAUUGCCGUGCACACGUGGACUGGUUUAACAGUUUUAAGCACUUGGCCUGUUCAGAGAUUCGGGCAGCUAACCUGAGUGGAGAUUGCUCCUUCACAAACGAACUGUCCAGGUUUAACUUUGGCCUUAAAAAGCACCAUCAGGAGUGUGUGCGUAGCCGUGCCCUGCGCUCCAUCCUCGCCGUGCGGAAGGUGAGCAGAGAAGAGGCAGAGAAAGUGGUGGACGAAGUGUUUGAAAGCUGCUUCAAUGACCACUCCCCAUUCGGCCGCAUCCCCCACAGCAAGAAGGAUGCUAAGUUUGCCUACAGGGAUUUUGAAGGCAGGGAUCGAUACUAUGCAAACGUAUAAAAGUUAACCUGCUCUUCAGGAGGCAACCCGCAAAAGCACCCUGCAUACCCUGUGUGUGCUCCGGUGUGGGGGUGGCAUCUCACAUAAUAAAAUAAGCUGUACUGAAGCAAAUGCUGUAUCUCUCGACACAUCGUUGAAACAGUCUUUGCCCAGUGUUAACAAAGGGACAGAAUGUUGGUAGCUCUUUGCCUCAAAAUUAAGGCAUCCUACUUUAUAAUAUUCUUGUUCUAAAUGUUUGUGUUUGAUGUCUGGUUUGUUGUUAUGGUAUAAUGAAAAUGUAGAAUUUGUAACAAUGUAUGGAAUGUUAUUGUGUACAGUUUUAUUAUGAACAUCAGACAACAGUACAGAGAUUUCAAAAGGUGGAGCACACAAUCAUUUCGCUGUAUUCUGUAAGCACCAGUAUAGAAGAAAUGGGGCCAGUUUACAAUGAGACUAAAAGACAAUGAGACAAUAAAGAAUAAAAUAUUUGUGUGUUUUA